GGAGGGGAAGUGCGCUCUCUUCCUCUCCACGCGGUUGAGGACAGCGGACGGCCUGCGCCACUCGGACUACGUUAUGCCGGGCAGACUCCGCAGUGACGCCGGGGCCGAAUCAGACUUGACCAUGGCUAAGACGGAGAAGACGCGGAAGCAGGUUGAGAAGAAAGAUAAAAAACAGAAGUCAAAAUCUAAUAAAACUGAAGAAUUGGCAGAGGAAAAUGAAGAAAUAAUUACCCCUAAAACUAAAAAAGUUAAAAAGGAAGCAGAACCAUCUGAAGUUGAAAUGAAUUCUCCAAAGUCCAAAAAGAAAAAAAAGCAAGAGGAACCAUCAGAAGAUGAGGUUAUUCCUUCUAAAGUAAAAAGUAAGAAAAAGGAAAAUCUUGAGAAAACAAUUAUUUCUCCUAAAACCAAAAAAGUACUAAAAAGUGAGGAGCCAUCAGAAGAAACGGGUUCUCCUAAGCCCAAGAAGAUGAAGAAAGACAAAGAAGUGAAUGGAGACGUUGGAGAGGCGAGCACCAAGCUCAAGAAUGGGCUCCCCCGUGCUGAGGCUGAUUCUAACACCAGUGAGGAGAGUAGCAGUGAGCCAGAGAAGGAAGUGCCUGUGGAGCAGAAGGAAGGUGCCUUCUCUAAUUUUCCGAUUUCUGAAGAGACUGUUAAACUUCUCAAAGCUCGUGGAGUGACAUUCCUGUUUCCUAUACAAGCAAAAACAUUUCACCAUGUCUACAGUGGGAAGGACUUGAUUGCACAGGCACGGACAGGAACUGGAAAGACAUUCUCCUUUGCUAUCCCUUUGGUUGAAAAACUUCAGGGAGAACUGCAAGACCGGAAGAGGGGUCGUCCGCCUCAGGUAUUGGUUCUUGCCCCUACCAGAGAGUUGGCAAAUCAAGUGAGCCGAGACUUCAGUGACAUCACAAAAAAACUGGCAGUGGCAUGUUUUUAUGGUGGAACUCCUUAUGGAAAUCAAAUUGAACGCAUACGGAAUGGAAUUGAUAUCCUGGUUGGGACACCAGGUCGUAUCAAAGACCAUCUGGAGAGUGGCAAGCUAGAUCUCUCCAAACUUAAGCAUGUUGUUCUUGAUGAAGUUGACCAGAUGUUGGAUAUGGGUUUUGCUGACCAAGUGGAAGAUAUUUUAAAAGUUGCCUACAAGAAAGAUUCUGAAGACAAUCCCCAAACAUUGCUUUUUUCUGCAACUUGCCCUCAUUGGGUAUUUAAUGUUGCUAAGAAAUACAUGAAAUCUACAUAUGAACAGGUGGACCUGAUUGGUAAAAAGACUCAGAAAACAGCAAUAACUGUGGAGCAUCUAGCUAUCAAGUGCCACUGGACUCAGAGGGCAGCAGUUAUUGGAGAUGUGAUCCGUGUGUAUAGUGGACAUCAGGGACGCACUAUCAUCUUCUGUGAGACCAAGAAAGAAGCCCAGGAGCUGUCACAGAGUGUGUCCAUUAAACAGGAUGCCCAGUCAUUACAUGGUGACAUUCCACAGAAGCAAAGGGAAAUCACUCUGAAAGGUUUUAGAAAUGGUGCUUUUGGCGUUUUGGUGGCAACAAAUGUCGCUGCACGUGGGUUGGACAUCCCUGAGGUUGAUUUGGUUAUACAGAGCUGUCCGCCAAAGGAUGUGGAGUCCUACAUUCAUCGUUCUGGGCGGACGGGCAGAGCUGGAAGAACAGGUGUUUGCAUCUGCUUUUAUCAGCACAAGGAAGAAUAUCAGCUAGUACAAGUGGAGCAGAAAGCGGGAAUUAAAUUCAAACGAAUUGGUGUUCCUUCAGCAACAGAAAUCAUAAAAGCUUCCAGCAAAGAUGCCAUCAGGCUUUUGGACUCCGUGCCUCCCACUGCCAUCAGCCACUUCAAGCAGUCUGCUGAGAAGCUGAUUGAGGAGAAGGGAGCCGUGGAAGCCCUGGCUGCAGCGCUGGCCCAGAUCUCGGGCGCCACAUCUGUAGACCAGCGCUCCUUGAUCAACUCGGAUGUGGGUUUUGUGACCAUGAUUUUGCAGUGUUCAAUUGAAAUGCCAAACAUUAGUUAUGCUUGGAGAGAACUUAAAGAACAACUGGGCGAGGAUAUUGAUUCCAAAAUAAAGGGAAUGGUCUUUCUCAAAGGAAAGCUGGGUGUUUGCUUUGAUGUGCCUACUGCAGCAGUCGCAGAGAUACAGGAGAAAUGGCACGAUUCCCGGCGCUGGCAGCUGUCUGUGGCCACCGAGCAGCCCGAGCUGGAAGGGCCCCGUGAAGGGUUUGGCGGUUUCAGGGGCCAGCGGGAUGGAGGCAGAGGCUUCAGGGGCCAGCGGGAUGGAGGCAGAGGUUUCAGGGGCCAGCGAGGAGGCAACAGGAACUCUCAAGGAGGACAGCGGCGCUCAGGAGGUGGCAACAACAGGACCCAAAACAAAGGCCAGAAGAGGAGUUUCAGUAAAGCAUUUGGCCGCUGAUUGUAGUGGGUGAACAGAAGUGUUCAACAGUGUGGAACUGGACAUUUUUCAUACAAAGUCAAAAGCACAUUGUGCGCCCCUUUGACCACUUGCUAGUUCCUAUCUCGUCCACGGAGACAAGCUUCACGUGAAUUUCUCAUCCACUCAUUGUCAUUUGUAAUGUUACUGCUACUUCUGCCCAGUUUUGAAAGGGAUAUAUGAAUUCAUUGCAUUUUUUUUGAAAUAUUCAAAGAUCUACCCAUGUUUUAUGAGUUGAUCUGUCUUCAUUCUUAGAUGUUUCUUAAUGUAAAUACGUAAGGGGUGCAACAGUCUCGUAAACAGUGAGGGCUGAUUCUGUCAUCGGCAUUCCUCAGCCACCUGCCAGCCAGUACUGCUGUGGUCCUGCAAGUGUCUUCUGAGAAUUGACGCUGAGCAGGGUUUUGGAAUGAGAUUUUAGAAUUGGAUUUGGAGAACACAGUCCAUUGUGUAAAGGUUACCUGUGGUUGUAUGUAUUUUGAUACGCUUUUAGCUUGUCAUUAUGUGCUUGCUUCAGUGAACUUAGCAGAUAUUAUAUAUAAGGUAUUUUUAAUCAAAAGCCAAUGUCUAGGUUGCAAAUACAUAGGAUGGCUCCACGGCUUUCUUUGUAUAUAAGGAGGCUGGGUAAAUGGUGUUCAUGCAUACAGCUCUUCUUCCUAUUGGAAGAUUAACAUUAUUUUACAAGAAAUUGAAAAACAGGAGACACAUGUUUGCGUGGCUGAAGAGUAUAUUAAAAAAAGGUCUGGUUUCUACAUGUAGUAAGAAAACAGACCCCAAACUGGA